AAUGUGACACUAUUAGAUUAAACUAUACUUUAUAAUAGAUGCUUUAGAAAAAUAAUUUAGAAAAUAAAAAUUUGUUAACGAAACUCUUCCUUUUCUUUAAUUUCUAUUUUACGUCAGUUUCUUACCGCUUUUGUGUGUUAUUUCCUUUUUUGUCUUUCUUUACUUUUUUUGUCCACUGGUAGAUGUUUUUAGAGUCAUGUUAAUGAUAGACAAGAGCUCUUUGCUUAUAAAAAGACUCGCGACUUCUUCGACUCAAUAAAGAGAUUUUGAGAGUUCCCUCUUGAUACUCGGCACGAGAGCUACAUAGGCAAGAUCACGUUCUGAAGAAACUUUUCUCCUCGCCCAAUUAGUAACUAAAGAACCCUAGAGAAACAAACCUCGUUCAUCAUAUUGUUUUUCAGAUCCGAUCUCAAUGGCAUUAACAUCCCGUUCUUACCCAGUUUGUUUACCUAUGGAUACAGGUAGAUACAUGACACUUGGAGGACCAAAACAACCUAGGAUUGUUUCAGUUCGUCGUGCUGCAAAAAAUCCAAGUAUAUUUGCAAAAAUCCUAGAAAAAACCGAGUCCAUGGGAGUUUCAACGGUUGUAACCACUGCAGCUUCGGUGGCUGAAACUGCAAUGCUGGCUCGAUCGCUAGCCCAAAGCUACUUGCCUCUCGAAGUGCGACAAUACAUCUCCUAUGAAGUCCGCAGCUUCGUUAAACGCUGCAUGGCUCAUUACUUUAAUUCCUCUCAAAUGACAAUAACCAUCGAAGAGUUUGAAGGGUACAAUCACAAUGAAGUCUUUGAUGCUGCAAAGGCCUACGUAGCCACCAAGAUCUCUCAAUCUAACAAAAGAAUCAAAGUGAGUAAACACGAGAAAGAUUCCAAUUACAACGUCGCCGUGGGACAUGACGAGCAAGUUGUGGACGUUUUCAACGGCGUCCAGUUCCAAUGGGUCCUACGUAGCCACCAUGUUGAGACAAAGAAUCAACACUCCAAAUCCAGUUUAGAUGUCAGAUCCUUCGAGCUCAACUUCGAAAAAAGAUUCAAGGACAUAGCUCUUGAAUCUUACUUGCCAUUCAUGGUGAAAAGAUCCAGGUCAAUGAAGCACGAGAAGAAGAAACUCAAGCUCUUUACCCUGGACGCAAGGUACUGGGGGGACUCAUGGACCUCUGUUACUCUUGCCCAUCCUUCUACGUUCAAGACACUAGCAAUGGAUUCAGAUGUCAAGAGAAGUGUGAUGGAAGAUCUUGACAAGUUUGUGAAACGGAGUGAGUACUAUAAGAGAGUUGGUAAGGCUUGGAAGAGAGGGUACUUGAUAUACGGUCCACCAGGGACAGGGAAGUCAAGCUUGAUUGCAGCCAUGGCUAACCAUCUCAACUUCGAUAUUUAUGACUUAGAGUUGACUGCUGUUGUAGACAAUUCCGAGCUCAGAAGGUUGCUGAUUGACACUGGUAAUCGUUCAAUUCUUGUGCUGGAAGAUAUCGACUGCUCCAUCACGUUGAAUAACAGGACAACUGAUGAACGUAAGGAAUCAAGAAACAAGAAAGUGACACUCUCUGGACUACUAAACUUCACUGAUGGUUUAUGGUCAAGCUGCGGCGACCAACGGAUCAUAAUAUUCACAACCAAUUACAAAGACAAACUAGACCCUGCGUUGUUGAGACCAGGACGUAUGGAUGUGCACAUCCACAUGUCGUACUGCACGUCGAGUACUUUCAAGGCUCUUGCUUGGAACUAUCUAGAGAUAAAAGAUCACCCUCUUUUCAGCAAGAUCGUGGAAGGUAUCGAAGCGACAGAGGUUACUCCAGCAGAUGUAGCUGAACAACUUAUGAGGAAUGAGUCUGUUGAUAUUAUUCUUGAGGGGUUGGUUGAGUUCUUGGAAGCCAAGAAGAUCAAGAACGAACAAGAGAAGGCCAAAACUGAGGAGGCUGAUUUGGAGAACAAGAAAAAGACCACUAAGGGGAAAGAUUCAAAGGUCAAGAAAAAAUAGAUGAGAUUGACGAAGAAAUUAUUAUAUAUGAGGAAUGAUCUUUUCACAUGU